AAUGAGUAGAAUUUUACUUUCGGCAUGCUGUUGAAGCUUGGCUGUAAAUCAGAUACGAAAUAUUGGAUGCAAUUGCGGAUGUAUUGAUUUCAAUAUAGGCGAAUCAAUUGAGGAUUAAGAGCUCGGAAUUAUUUCACCACCGUCAUUUGUAGCUCUGUUUCGAAAUGCCGUUUGGAAAUCUCUUCCGGAGAACAUGGUCAUCCACAGACAGACUUGAUGGCAAAACAGUGCUCAUAACUGGAGCCAACACUGGUAUUGGCAAAGAGACAGCGCUGGACCUGGCAAAGAGAGGGGCCAGGAUAAUCAUGGCCUGCAGAGACAUGGAGAAAGCUGAGGGGGCCCUGAAAGAAGUCAUAGAAGGCUCUGGCAGCCAAAAUGUUGUCAUCAAGAAGCUUGAUUUGUCAGACACCAAGUCCAUCCGUGAGUUUGCAGAGACCAUCAACAAGGAGGAGACACAACUCCACAUCCUCAUCAACAAUGCUGGUGUCAUGGUGUGUCCGCAUGGGAAAACGGCUGAUGGAUUUGAAAUGCAGAUUGGCGUCAACCACAUGGGUCACUUCCUGUUGACCCACUUAUUGGUUGACCUGAUCAAAAGGUCGACCCCGGCCAGGAUCAUCAAUGUGUCCUCCAUGGCUCAUUCCUGGGGCACCAUCAACCUGGACGACAUCAACAGUGAGAAGGGCUAUGACAAGAAGAAAGCGUACAGCCAGAGCAAGCUAGCUAACAUCCUCUUCACCCGCUCCCUGGCCAAGAAGCUACAAGGCACUGGUGUGACGGCAUACUCCCUCCACCCUGGCAUGGUUCAGACUGACCUGUGGCGGCACCUGAGCACACCUCAGGCAGCUAUCAUGAAGAUGAUCAGUCCCUUCACCAAGACAUCCGUGCAGGGAGCUCAGACCACUAUCUACUGUGCUGUGGCACCUGAACUGGAAACCGAGAGUGGUGGAUAUUACAGUGACUGCGCACCAGCCAACUGCUCAAGCUCUGCUUCAGAUGAUGACACGGCCCAGAAACUGUGGGAGCUAAGCUGCCGGAUGCUUUCUCUGUCAUGGGAUUGAAUAACUCCGAAAUAGUGUAUGGUUUGCAUUUGAGAUGCAUGAGCACUGAAGAAUAUAACAAAUGUACAGCAUUUUAAAUGAAAGUCCUUUGUCCCAUGGGUACAUUCUAACAUAUCAUAUUAUGAUGUGGUAUUUUAAUUGAAAUGAUGUAGUUGACAGUACUUGUAGAUGUAACAUUAAACA